UCUCUGCUCAGCUCUCUGCUCAGCUCGUCCGCUCAGCUGCCCUCCUACGUGAUGCUUGAGCAGUGUGGGCAGGGCUUCAAAACCUACGUCCCUCACCAUGCCUUCCCAUGAAGGCCUAGGGGCCGGGACAAGCGACAUGCCCAUAAGCGAUGUCGUGGGCUCGCCCCCAAAGAUAAGCUUCGUCAGAAGCAAUCCGGAGUACGGCUACCGGUCGGCUGUCGAAGGCACUGCCGCUGCCGAUGGCCUACACCGAUUGCCUAUAGACUCCAUCCGCGAGCGUGAUUUUCCUAGCCUUCUACAGCCAGUAAUAGACGCCACGGUGACAACGUCAACCCGUCGGCGGCCGCAGCAACACCAGCAGCAGCAACAACAACAGGUGGACCUGGUUUACCUCGAUCACGCAGGGGCGACCCUCUCCGGGGUGUCCCAGCUGAGGGAGGCUAUGGAGCCCUUGCUUGCCGGGGCUGUGCACGGGAACCCGCACUCUCAGGGUCCCGUCGCAACCGUUACCGGAGAACGCAUCGACGCCGCCCGCCACGCCGUCCUCCAACACUUUGGCGUGUCUCCCCAAGAGUGGAGCGUGGUGUUCACUUCGGGCGCGACCUCUGCCCUGAAGAUGGUCGGCGAGCAGUUCCCUUGGCGACGACAUCGAAGGGGAAGGGGAGGGUCCCGUUUCGUUCACGCGCGGAGGAGCCACAGCUCCGUUCUCGGCAUCCGUGAGUACGCCCGCGCCGCUGGUGCCGGCGUUGAGUGCCUGGACUUGGACCUUGGCUUGGACGGCGUUGCAGGUAGUAGCAGCAGAGGCUGCAACUUCUCGUCGACGUUUCCUGAGGACGACCGGGCGUGGGGACAGGUAGCACAGGGAAGGUGGGAGGGGGAAGUAAGGGACGAGACGGAGGUACCGACGGAGAGGGAUACAUGCUGGUGCGAUAGUGGUGGUUGCAGCUGUGGCGAAGCUAGCGGCGGGGGAACCCGCUGGGGAAGACCGGUCAACACCAGCGCCAGCACGGCUGUUGGCAUCUCGACCUCGGGUUCGAAUGGUGACGACAAGCACGCGGUGAACAACGGAGGCACUAGUGGCGGUAGUAGAGAUGGCGACGAUACCAGCAUCGACCGCGACAGUGGUAACUCCGACGCUGAGAAUGACGAAGGCGACGAGGGGGUCGUGCACUCCCUGUUCGCUUUUCCCGCAGAGUGUAACGCCACCGGCUUACGCGCCGACCUGGGCAUCGCUGGGCGCGUGAAGCAGGGGGCCCUCUCUACGCCCGGACAUGGCUACCGGCUCUCCCACGGCCGACACCGCCGGAACUCCGACUGUCGCCACGGCGGCCACCUUUCUUGUUCUCGCCAUGACUGCCGUGAAUUCGUUAUUUCUCGCCAUGCCACCUCGCCAGGCCACGUCAGAAACACCCAUGACGAUAGCGAUAGAGACCGCCGAGCUCUGGAGGGGCUCGAUUCCGACCGGUUCGACGACGCCAACAACAACGGAGAAGAGGGAAGAAGAGAUGGCGAUGAACCGGCUAAUUCGGGCGGGAGGCGACGACAAAGGCGGCAGCGGCGGCGGCUCCAGGAACGGUGGUGGGUGCUGCUAGACGCAGCGAAGUUUGCGGGCACGGCGUCGCUCGACCUGUCCAGCGUGGAGGCAGAUUUUGUUUGUCUCUCUUUCUACAAGAUGUUUGGCUACCCGACCGGCCUUGGCGCCCUGAUCGUUCGCGAGAGCGCCGCGCACGUGCUCCGAAAGGUUUACUUCGGCGGCGGCACCGUGGCGGCCGCCCUUGCCGGCGGCCCCUUUCGACAGUUUCGUCCAGAAACGGAACGGCGGCUCACCGACGGCACCGAGAAUUUUCUCGGGGUCUUGGCUCUCCAGGCGGGGUUUGGGGCGCUGACACGCAUUGGUGGAAUGCAGGCCAUCGCCGCCCACACGUCGUCCCUGGCGCGCUACCUGCACGCGCAGCUCUCAUCGCUGCGGCACGCGACCGGAGAGCCGGUGCUGAGGUUCUUCGGCAGGUGGGAGAGGGAGGCAUCGGGGGCGGGGUCGGCACCACCGGCAUCAGCACCGCCACCAGCAGCACCGACACAGGCGCCACCAUCAACAGUAUCGCCAACAAUAUUCCCUCCUAUGGCGGAGACGAUGGAGUCGGGGGCCGAUUCACCGAAUGUGUCAGGCGCAGUAGAGAGAACGUACGGAAACAACGGUUGCCCAUUCCAAGAGACGCGAGAGGCAGAGCAACGAGGGAAUCCAGAAGAAGACGGGGCUAGGGCAGAAAAAGUGGGCCAGGAAGUGACCGACACCGAAAAAAAGCGACACAGCCUGUUCGUGGGACAAGGGCCGGUGCUAACGAUGGUCUUUCUCCGGCCAGGUGGGCAGCACGUCGGGCACGCAGAGGUGGAUAAGAUUGCCAGCCUCGAGAAUAUUCAGCUGCGGACGGGCUGUUUCUGCAACCCGGGGGCGUGCCAGUCGGCUCUCGGCCUGACAGAUGACGACGUUAAGGAGCACCUGGAGCGAGGCCACGUCUGCUGGGACGAGCACGACCUUAUCGACGGUCGGCCUACCGGCCUGGUUCGAGUGUCGCUUGGGUGGAUGUCCACCUGGGAGGACGCCACCGCCUUCGUGACUUUCGUUAGGAAACACUUUGUCUCCACGACACCGCUGCAGUCAGGACCCCUCCGCUCGCCUCAAAAGCCUCCAUCCGGCGAGCUCUCACCGUCGCACCGCGCGCAGGACGACCCGCUGCCGGAGGCCACAGACCGACCAACCCGACCCCGUCGUUACCUUGAAGCCAUCUACGUCUACCCGAUCAAGUCUUGCGCGCCGCAGCGCGCGGGAGCGCCCCCGCCAACGCUGUUGUUGCGCCAACGCUCUCCUUUUCCUGCGGGGGCGCCGGCUUCACCUGAACCUGGCAGAGACAGCGGUGGCAGCCGUAGCCGCAGCUGGGGUGUAGGUGGUGGCAGCGGCGGCUCCGGGCGGCGGGACGGCGACGGGGGAGGGGCGGCGGCGGGGCGGGGUAGGUGGCCUCUGGGCCCUUCGGGGCUGGCGUACGACCGGGAGUGGGCCGUCGUAGACCGCCGCGAUCGAGCUCUCCGCCUAAAGCAGGUGCCCGACAUGUGCCAGAUCAGACCAUUCGUGGACCUGGCUUCCGGCACGCUUACCGUCACCGCUCCGAGGAUGCCUGACCUGGUUCUCCCGCUGGGGUACUUGGGAGGGGAACGGGGGGUAGGAGGAGGCGGAGGCAGAGACGAGGCAUCCGACGGCGUGACGGGGACGGAACGUUGCUGCCUCCAAUCGCCGAGCAGCAGCAGCAGCAGCCCUGGCUGCGGCGGCGUCGUUGACUGCCGUUUUGGCGGCAACGGCGGCGGCAACAGCGGUGGUGACGGUGCUGACGAUGCUCGCUGCUGGCGCGGAGGAGGGGGCGACGACACGGUCGUUCGCGUGUGUGGUAACCGGCGGGCGGGAGUGACCUGCGCCGCGUCGGCGUCCGCCUGGUUCACGCGGUUCUUGGGCGUGCCGUGCUCGCUCGUACGUGCCGCUGCCGUCGAUUUCAGCACUGCCGCCGCGGGUGCCACCAGUGCUACCGCCGGCGGCGGCGGCGAUUGGUCGAGUAACAGCAUUCCUCCUCCGCCAAUGCAGGAGGACAACGACGGCGACCGUGCCAUAAAUACUGGUAUGCCAUGGUUUCCUGCGGCGGUGAGGUUGUUGGUCGGGUGGCGUUCGUCGUCGUCACCGGCGCCGGCCGCGGAGGGUGGCGUCGGGGGAGAAGCAGAAGACGCCGCUGCGAGCAACAGGGCGUUCGCGAACGAAGCCCAGUUUCUUCUCAUCUCCCGGGCCAGCGUGGCCAAAGUGAACGACAUCAUUCGCCGCGAAAGCGCCAGCGGUAGCGGCAUCGACGGCGUCGAGGAGGACGGCGGGGACGGUGGUGUCGUUGCUCCCAGGAGGCGUGGGGGGAGCCGGCAAGAGCAGGUGACAACGGCCCAUUUCAGGCCUAACUUCGUUGUUGACGGAGUUCGGGCGCACGAGGAGGAUGGGUGGAAGAGCGUCCGCAUCGGCGAAGCUUUGAGGCUUCGCGUCACCGGACCUUGCAGCAGGUGCUCCAUGAUCAACAUCGACCCCGAAAACGGGGACACGUCGGGCGUCGCGCUCAGGGUCCUGGCGGCUUACCGGCGGGAGCGGGCCAACAUCCUCUUCGGCCAGUUCCUUGCCCUGGACUGGCAAUCCCUGCCGCCGUGGGGGCCUCCUCCGCCUCCUCCUCCGCCCGCCUCCGCCACUGCUCGAUUCGCCGAAUCAGAAAGCUGCAAAACCGCCAAUAAUGGCGGUGGCGGUGGCGGUGGCGGCGGCGGCGGUGGCGGUGGCGGAGAGGAAGACGGAAGGACUGUGGCCGAAGAACGAUCGACUGCGACGCCGGAGGCAGGGAUGGUCGGGCGAGGAGGAGCGGGAUGGAUAGGGCCGGAGGCAGAAGGAGGUGUCGAGGAGACGGUACAGGCGGGUGAACCUGCCCCUGCCGCUGGGGGCGAAGAAGGCGGUUGGCAAUUUUGGGUCUCGGAAGGCAUGGAAGUAGCUGGCGAGACGUGA